UACUAAUACUUGAACUAGAAGGCUCAGAGCAGAGCUUCAGAGUUCAUAUAGACAAUUUUUGCAGAUAUUGGAAGAAUACUUAAUGAGGAAGGCAACCAGCUAAAUUUAUGAAUUUAUUUAUUUAUUUUAUUUGGUGUUUUUUAUUGAAUGAAUAAGUCCGCUAAAGAAACCUCAGCAAGCUGGGUAGCAUGGAAGUUAAACAAACAAAUAAGAUACUGAAAGCCGUAGAGCAGGGGAACUAUCUUUGGUAACUUUAUGUUUUGAAUUCUGGAAGUUAAAGUCCACAGGUCUUAAAGUUACCAAGAUUGGUGCUUGAAAAAUUAGUCCUUAUAUAUAUAGCACUCCCAAGGCUCGAAUCCUGUGCCUGUUUCUUUAUCUUCUGUUUUAGGAGACCUUCCAUUUCUCAAAAUAGGUUUUUUUACAUGUAUGUUCUUAGCAAAAUAAAUUUGGCCACUUGCUCUUUGCUUCUGACUUUGUCAGCUUUUUCCUUUCCCAUCAGGUAAAGGCAGUCCUGAUUAUUUGCAGGUUCCAUAUUUGAAAAUUCAUUUAUUCCCAAAAAUGUAUUAGUAAUCCUAGAAUUAGUACGUGAAUUGACCUUUGCUGUCCCAGAAAAAAAAUUUGUUCCUUAUAUGCCUAAAUAUAAAGUGCUUUCUCAUAUUUUUUUACAGCCUCUAAAUAUAUUUUUUGAUAGUGAAAAUUGCAUAAAAAUAGGUGAUUUUGGAUUGGUAACAUCAGGUGUAAAUGAUGUUUCAGUAGAACGGACAAUGAACAAGGGAACUAGGAGUUACAUGGCACCUGAGCAGGAAGGGUGCAAUUAUGGCAAGGAAAUAGAUCUCUUUUCAUUAGGAUUGAUUUUUUAUGAAAUGCUUUUUCCAUUUUCAACUGACCAUGAGAAAGAUAAGGUUUUUCAUGAAAUUAAAAAAGGCAAUUUUCCAAAAAAACUUAUCGAGGAUUUUCCAAAAGAGGCUUCUCUAAUUAAGAAACUGCUUUCCAAAGAGCGAAAUCAAAGACCAUCAGCAGCUAUUAUUUUGAAAAUCCUAAAAAAACCACCUCAUGGACUACAUACUUAUUAGCAAAUUUGUCAAAGCGCAGGUUUUUGGUUCAUGUUUCUUUUGCUUUUCCUGAUGCCUGAAAUCAAUGUGAAUACAAAUACUGCGAGACCCAUUUAGAUGUGAAGGAUUAGGUUUGCUCCUUAUGCCUUGCUAUAUUUGGGCUCUCCCGAGAAGUCAAAGAAUGCAAAGAACUUCAGUGAAAUGGAAAGAUCUAAUGGAAAUGGAAAGAGUGCCUUUUGUGAACUUUGCGAGAUCUCAUCCUGUGUCCCAACACAUAAUGGCAAUCUGAUGUAUCUGGAUUUUUUUUUUACAAAGAGUUUUAAUGUGCCAUUCCAAUACUUUCAAUAUACUGUUAAGUUUAAUAUUGCCUAGGGAACUUAAUACUCUUCUUCUAACUCAUGUAAUCAAGUGUUAGUUGCUAUCUUUUGCUAUGCGAUUAAUCUACAGUUUUGACAGAGUAUUUACUUCCUUUCAGAUUUUUUUUGAAUCUUUGUAAAUGAAUGCUAUUGAAGCUUCAAAUAGAUACUACAGUACUGAUUUAUAAAAAGGUUAUAGAUGAUGUGGUUUGGUUUCUUUUGCAGAACUGUAGAUGUACAUCCAUAAAUCAACCUUUUAAUGUGCAAUGCAUAUUUGGGCAACUGUUUUGGAAGCACAAGAAUGCAUUUAAUUACACUUAGCUUUCAUUUACCUUAAAAUCAAGAACACCAGCAUUACAAGAGUAAUGCAUGUAACAGUGCUUAUAAUUGUUGUUUCUAAAACAGAUUUAUAGAAUACAAUCUAAUAUGCUAUCUUCCAUUUGUGUUUUGAUAGUUUAAGAGCUGCGGUGGUGCAGUGGUUAGAAUGCAAUAUUGCAGACUACUUCUGCUGACUGCCAGUUGCCAGCAGUUUGAU